CAAACUGCCCAGGCUCUCUUUUUUCUCUCUCUCUCUUUUUUUAACUCUCCAUCACACACGCCAACCAAAACAAAAUCCCUCUCUCUUUUUCUCUACAUUUUCUUUCUUCCUCCCAUCUUGCCCUUUUUUUUAUUAUUAUUAUUUAUUUUUUUCUCGACUCUCUCUCUCUCUCGCACGUUCUUUUCGGCAGUUCUCUCGUUUUCGCCGGCCAGCGCACGCACGCGACUCGUAAACGCGGUGGAAAGUGAAUCUCAUCGACCAAAAAAAAAACGACCAAAAAAAAAUAACGAAUAGCAACAUCCGUUGAAUACGAGAAACGGUAGCCAAUAACGAGCUAUCAAACCGGACGCAAUUCAUUGAAGCCGAAAAAAAAAACAAAAAAAAAAAACGGACAAGUGAAAGUCGAUUUGAAAUUGCAUUUUUUUAGAUUUCUGAAUUAAAAAGAAAACAAAAGACUUGGUGGGUUUUUUGGCGCUAUCGCGAUACGCACGUCGAAAAAGGGUCGUCAUGAUGUCGACAGCGUUUAUCUACCUGUUGCUGAUUGGCGGUCAGGUACGCGCCCUACCUGUCGAGUGGUCAACAUCGGAUUCAGCUCUGGUCGAAGUAACGACCAAAAUGGAAGCAGACGUCACUGCCGGUGAAGGAGAAGUGACGAGCCAAUUGUUGGACGACGUCAUCCUUGACGACAUGACCAUCAGCAGCCGACAGAAAUUCCAAUCAGCCGGAGGCAUCGAAUUUCCCAACACGGCCUUCAUUCCAGGCGAUUUGACCGAGCAGCUCUCCGUCGACGGAUUCUUCUCCUUGUGGUUCGUCUUCCUCGACGACGACGUCUUCACGUCAGACAAAGAGUUCACCAUCCUGGCGCCCAGCAAUAGCGCCCCCAUGAGGCCGUCGCCCACCGCGGCCGAUAAGGACAGAGUCCGCCAAUUGCUGCUCAACCACAUCGUCCUGGGACGAGCCGUCAACAUUUCCUCCGAUUUAUCCUCCACAUCGCCACCCUGGUACAAAGACGCCACCAUCCACACCAAUAAGAAACCGCUAACCGUCACCACGUUGGGUGGUAGACAACUCCAUUUCAAAACGCGAAAAGAUGGAACAGCGGUCGUGAACGGAGUCAGGAUCGUCGGCAAGGAGGUGCGCGUUCCGCCCAAUGGAGUCAUCAUCGUUUUGGAGGAUUACCUGUUUAUGGACGAGUAUCACGGUGAUGUUGAAGGCUCUGAAUCGCAAUUGUUUAGCGCCAUCCCCAUGGUGACGGCGUCCGAUGGAACCGAUCAUUUCCCCAUGAUCGAAUUGGGAACUGCCCUUGACGACGACAGCGUCGGUGGAGCACAUCUUGGAGUUGCGGUGAAGAGUGAGCCAGUAGGAUCGGUGUUGAUUGACCGUCAAAAACUGAACCUGACCGAUGUCAGUCGGCCGUUCUACGAGGAACUGGUGGAAGUCCUCAACUUCCUGCGCAGUGGCACUUCCGAUUUCUUACGCUACCUGGAACAAGUCAACAUUUCCAGUCUAUUCAACGAUGAAGAAGAGUACACUGCGUUCAUCCCGAUGGAUGAUUCGUUCGCACAGUGGUACCCCAUCGAUUGGGGAUUCAAUCCAUUCGACGUCGCAUCGUUUGUUAAAGAGACGAUGAUGAAUCAUUUCGUUCGAGGAAGAAUAAAGCAAAAGGACGUCAAAGACGGCCAGUCGAUGACGACCCUGGGAGGCAAAACGAUCACCUUCUCUUUCUCGCCAGCAGGUAAAAUGGCCGUCAACGAUGUUGAAGUGUUUGACGGCGACACGCCCGUUUCCCGGGGCAACAUCCAAUUUGUUGGCGAUAUCCUUUUUGUCAAUUCGACGGUCGUCAGUGAAUUGAACGCCAAACAUCGCGACGUCGAAUCGGCGCCGCUCGUCGGCUCGCCCUGGUACUCGUCCCAAUUCCUGUCUCACACUUACCGCGAACUCAGUACUCGCCAAAACGCGCCCAUCCCUGCUGGAAGUACUAGCCAUCCGUCGUUCAGUUUAGCCCUGGACUACAUCAAUCGAACGCAGCCUCAGCUGAGAGACGAUUUGCCCAGUCACGACGACUGGCGGAUGAUCACCUACACUUUCUUCGUUCCGCGCGAUUCCGCUUUUUUCAAUUUGUGGCCGCAAGACACGGCCGAUCCGUUCGUCAUUGACGACGAAUUCCGUCGCGAAGUCUUCCUCAAUCACUUUGUCCGCCGUCGGUUGUACCACGACCGCGACCUCGUCGACGGCGCCGUCCUCACCAUGGCCGGCAACCGAACGGCCAAAAUCAGCCGCGAAGGAAAUGUAACGAAAAUCAAUGACGCCAUCAUUGAAGAAGCAGACAUUUUCAUCUACAAUUUGGGGACGGUGUUUGUUAUCGACCGAGUGCUCUUUGCCAGUCACGAGCAAAUCAGUCAGGUGCUGGCCAAGAAUGCUGACCGCAUCCCGUCGUUCGGAUUAGCUGGAACUGAUGGCGCUCUUUUAGCCGGGUCUGCAGUUGAUGAGAGUCAGACGCUGGUUGUCGACCUGCUGGAUGAGUUGGCGACCACACAAUCAACAGCGGGCAAACUCGUUAUUCGCGAAUAAUUCCCCGUUGCUCCGCCAUUUUUUCCGAAGCAAGUGCCAUUUUGUUUUUUUAAUUUUUUGCCAGUCUUUCCGCCACCCGAUAUUGUUGAAACGGCCGCGAUGAAAACGAGGGAAAAAGAUUUUUGAUGUACAAAUGUUGGGGUUAAAUGGCUAAUGGCAUACGCCAUGUUUCCGUCCAUUGGCUCUCUCUACAACAAGCCACUAUUUGAAUUCUUAUUUGAUGAGACGCAUCACCUUUUAUUAUUAUCAUUUUUUUCUUACGUUUGACAGGCUUUUAUUUACAACGCAAACCAUUACACACAUAUAUAUAUAUAUAUACAGUAUAUAAUAAAAGUAUAUAUAGUCCAUCUCCUCUUUUUCUGCACACACCGUAUUAUAAACCCCACGUAUUUGUAAUCUGUAAUUGUAUAUGUAAUCUGAUCGACAGCACUAUGUGCACUACUGUUUCGUAUACCCAUCAGACUCUUUCG